AUGGCUGUCUCAACGCAAAGCACACUGGAGAAUAUCGAGCGCCGCCGUGCGCAGCUCCAAGAGAGCGUCGAGAAGCUCCAGAAAGCCCUCGCGCACUGGACCACGUGGGAGGCCGAGUAUCAGAUGCUCUCCGAAGAGAUUGAGCGUGUCGACGAUGCUUCCCCUGAUCAGAUCCGCGAGAUUGCAAAGGAUCUAGCCAGCACGCUACUGGAUGCAAAGGAAGUGGAGGAGCUGCUCGGCAAAGACGCAAACAAGAAACGCACUGCUAACCAGGUCGUUGACAUGAUCUCCAGACGCAUUGACUAUGUCCAGCAGAACAGUGCCACGAUCGAGAAGCAGCUCGAUGCUGCCGAGAAGCGACUUGCCGGCGUCGAUGUCCUAUUGGAUCCUGGUGUGGAGAACGAAGAGGGACUGCCGAUGAUGGACAUUGAGGAAGAGCUGGACGAGGAGGGAAACGAAGUCGGCAGCUCAGUCAAUCAGACCGGCAAGGGUGCAGCCAAGAUCGUCGAGGCACUCCGGAACGCCAGCCUCCAAAAGGCCGAAAUGGACAAGCAAAGGGCUGCAGGUCCAGCGCAAGAGAAGACAGAGGCUGAUGGCUACAAUGAUGCACUUGCAGACAUGAACUUUACACACGGCACCAAGGUCAUCGAGCUUGACGAAGACGACAACGAACUCGCUUCUUACCCCGUUAUACCUCAGGGCGAGUCGCCGGAAGACGCAGAACUCCGGCGGCAAAUGCUACAGUACGGUCUUUCCGAGGUCGGGCAGAUUGUAGCGGAACUCAACCUCGAUACUCCCAGAGUCGAAUAUGCAGACAACGAUGAUGACGAGGACUGGGGCGAGGAAACAGAGGAUGAAGAAGAUGAAGACGAAUGGGGCCGUACUACCAGACCUGUAGUCAAUGACGUUUACCGGAAACAAAUGCUCGAGCUAGAGAAAAAACUUAACGCUCGCAUGAUGGAGAAUGUCGGCCCGGACGGCAGCAAUGACUCGUUGGAGGAGCACGUCAACGAUGUUCGGACGUUGAAGAUCCGACCAGAUGAGCAAUUUGACGAGUCUCUGGGAGCAGCGGGGGUUGAGUCCAUCGAGUCAGGGACGAAGAAGAAGGGGGUUCGCUUUGCUAAUACUCUUGACGUCUCCGAGGCUCCGCAACCUGUGCGCAACCCCGCAGCUCAUACCCCAUCCGCAACCAAGUCUGCAUCUACAAUGUCCGACACCAUCAUCGAGCGCCCUGCGGUCAUACCUGAUGUCAUUCAGCCACCUACACAGCCUGCAAAGGUGUCAAGAUUCAAAAGCGCCAGGGCGGAAGCCAGUCAACCUCGACAAAUGCCGCCUACGCCAUCUGUACCCGAACCACCCGCUGUGCCUACGGGUCCGGCCGGACGCACCCUGGCCAACAAGAUUCUCGAGCACGACGCGUCGACUACUAAGCCAAAUGCACCAGAUGAAUUUGACCCUGCCAUGAUCAAUCGCGAGAUUCAAGCCGAAUACAACAAGGCGCGGAACCGGUUCAUCCAACAACAAGGUGGGUUUACGCCUACUGAGGAGGACAAAGAGAACCCGAUGGUGGAAGAAAAGGAUGGGAAAGCGAAGAAAGUAAGUCGAUUCAUGGCCGCUCGGCUAAAGGGCAACGGUAUGUAA